AAGGCGGCGUUGGUGGUGACCACGGCGGCUGCUGCUCUUGCGAUGGAGCCGGGCCCCUCUGUGUCCCCGGGACCUUCGCUCUCCUUUAAAGAGGAGCUUCUGUGUGCUGUAUGCUACGACCCGUUCCGCGAUGCGGUGACGCUGCGCUGCGGCCAUAACUUUUGCCGCCGGUGUGUGAGCGGCUGCUGGGAGGUGCAGACGACUCCCUCGUGCCCGGUAUGCAAGGAACGAGCGGCUCCCGGGGAGCUGCGCACCAACCACACGCUCAACAACCUGGUGGAGACCCUACUGCGGGAGGAGGCCGAGGGAGCGCGCUGGCCAGGUCGCCGAUCCCCGCGCCUCUGCCGCGCGCACCGCGCUCCUCUUACUCUCUUCUGUCUGGAGGACAAGGAGCUGCUGUGCUGCGCUUGCCAGGCUGACGUCCGGCACCAGGAGCAUCGCGUGCAGCCCAUCAAGGACACUGCACAGGACUUUCGGGCCAAGUGUAAGAACAUGGAGCACGUGCUUCGAGAGAAAGCCAAGGCCUUUUGGUCCCUGAGGCGUACCUAUGAGGCCAUCGCCAAACACAAUGAGGUGCAGACAACUUGGCUGGAAGGCCGCAUCCGGGAUGAGUUUGACAAGCUCCGAGAUUUCCUGAGGGUGGAGGAACAGGCCACUUUGGAUGCCAUGAAGGAAGAGAGCAGAAAGAAGCACCUGCUGGCUGAGGAGAAGAUGAAACAGCUGGCAGAACAGACCGAGGCACUGGCUCGUGAGAUUGAGCGCCUGCAGAUGGAGAUGAAGGAGGAUGACAUGACCUUCCUCAUGAAACACAAGGGCCGAAAACGCCGACUCUUUUGCACCGUGGAGCCAGCUCCUCUCCAGCCUGGCUUGCUGAUGGAUGCCUGCAAGUAUCUGGAGUCCCUGCAGUACCGUGUCUGGAAGAAGAUGCUUGGGUCUGUUGAAUCUGUGCCCUUCAGCUUGGAUCCCAAUACAGCUGCGGGCUGGCUCAAAGUGGCUGAUGACCUCACGAGUGUCAUCAACCAUGGCUACCGCGUGCAGGUGGAGAAUCCAGAGCGCUUCUCCUCAGCGCCCUGCUUGCUGGGCUCUCAAGUGUUCUCGAAGGGCUCCCACUCCUGGGAGGUGGAUGUGGGUGGCCUGCCGAGCUGGCGGGUGGGUGUGCUGAGGGUGCAGACGCAUGUGCAGGCGCAGGCUGAUGUGGGCGGCGAAGGCCACUCACACAGCUGCUACCAUGACACCCGUUCUGGCUUCUGGUACCUCUGCCGCACGCAGGGUGUGGAUGGAGACCACUGCAUGACUUCAGACACAGCCACAGCCCCUCUUGUCCAAGCCAUGCCACGCCGGCUGCGUGUGGAGCUGGAGUGUGAGGAGGGUGAGCUGUCCUUCUAUGACUCUGAGCGCCACUGCCACCUGUACACCUUCCAUGCCCACUUUGGGGAAGUGAGGCCCUACUUCUACCUGGGGUCUUCUCGGGGUGAUGGUCCCCCAGAGCCUCUGCGCAUCUGCCAUCUGCGUGUGUCCAUCAAGGAAGAGCUGGACAUCUGAGCUGCUGGAGUCUGCUGGACACUGGACUGGGGGCCUCAUUUGUCCCAACAUCUUCUGGUAGCCCACUAUUGACACUCAUGCAGCGUCCUGUAUUCUGUUUGUCUUUUCUGUAACUCCAUGUCCUUCUAUGCCUCUGUCUUUGUUUUUGGUCCCUGUCCUGCUCCAAAGUUAAGAGUCAUCCAGGAGAGCUUGGUGAGCCUAGGCACUACUUAGAGUCAUGGCACCUUUGGGAUGUAGGUUUUCCCGACUCCUUUGCUGGUAAAAUGUUUUCUUGUAGAAUGGGCAUUUUAAAUCAGGGUGACCAUUUUUAGAGACGAUUAGGCUGCCUGUCAGAGAUGCCUCUUGUUGAGUCAGUUUGUCACAUUUCCCAGGAGGAAAGCCUUGUCAGGCCACACACACACACCCUAGGAUUGGUAGAGAAGAGUGGGCAAAGCCUUCACCCAGGCUGUCCUACCCCAGUAGGACAAGCUAGGCGUUGGCCAGCCUAACUGGACAGCGUGGCUUUUGGCAGUUGGUGUGAGGCCCAGGAGUUCCCCUGUUUGUCCAACACCGACUCGAUGGUUAGGACAGGAAAGUCCUGGCCUGCUCUGUGGGAACCGUAGGGUGUGGGAUACUCUGGAGUGCAGCUCAGUUAGCAGAGGUCACAGCAGAGGCAGCUGUAAGGCUGUUGGCAGUGGUUAAGGAUUGGCCAGUUUCUAGUCAGUGACAUAGAGGCCAAAGUACCAGAAUGCAGUGAGAAGGCAGUUGAUACUGGAUGGGCCAGGAGCCCGAGCUCUGCUCCUCAGUCUCAGGCGGAGCUUCUGGUUGGCAUGGAAUUGACCCUGAGUCAUGCUUUGAAAGUUUCCCCUGAAAUUGCCCAAGGUUUCUAGAACACGUGAGAGAGAGGGAGAACUGUUUUUGCCCUCUCUCUGGGCCUCAGUUUCCAUAUCUGUGAAUUAGCAGUAGUCUUGAAAAUCACGGAGGAAGUUCUGAGAAGGGGCCUGGGGGAUGCUGUGUCUGCAGCCUGACCCUGGGAUCCGGAGAGUGCUGGCCCUAUCUGCCCUUCUCCUCAUUGGCUUCAGUCCACUUGUUCUUGCUCUGCUCUCUGCCAGGUUUCACCCCGACUUCUCCUUUGUGUACCUCUGCAUUUUCUUUCUCAGUCUUGACUAUAGAUGGAAUCUGAUUGCCAAUCACUAAGUCCCAAGUGGUGUUGUAAAGAGACAUGUCUUCCCGGGUGUACUGUCACAGUCAGGGACACGUUACUGACCUAGGACCUGGCAUCCCAGUUUCAGCCUGAACCCAGCAUUACAUAAGCCUGAUGUUUUAAACCAUGCCGCUCACCCACUAAUUGGCUAUAAAUAGGUCAUAUACACUGCUUAUCCAACAAGUGGGGCCUCAGAAGAAACACUAGUGCAGGCCAGGCUGGAUGCAGGAACAGCAUUGGCAAACCAUUACCUUGUGGCAGAUGUUUAGGCACUUUGGGAUCCAAGUAGGUGUGAAAGGGUAUGCCCGUGGUGUGGGGCAUCUAGUUUAUGUGUGAGAAGCUUUUUCUGAAAUCACUGUUACAACGAGCUUUUUAUUUUCACUUUAGUUCUUUUUAAAUAGGGAAAUUUCAGUGAUCUAGACUCCUUUAGAAAUAUUUAACUCAACAUCAACGGACAUGUUUUCUUUCAGUGCUUUUGUAAACACAAAUUCCUAUUGUACCUCACGUGUACCUGACUUGAUGCUUUUCAUUGUAAGAUUUCAUGGUGUGCAGUGAGUGUCCCGUCUAGUUUGUUACAGCUUUUUUUUUUUAAGCAAUUAUGAGUAUAGCUGUUAUAAAAUUUGUGUGCAAGUUUUGUGUGGACGUGUUUUUUUUUUUUUAAUUCUCUGUCAUAUACCUCAGAGUCUGUUUUCCAGGUCAUAGGAUAAUUGUAUUAAACCCUUUGAGGACUCGCCAAACUGUUUUCUAAUAGAGCUGUACCGUUUUCUACUCCCGCUGGCAGCAGGUGAGGGCUGGGUUGUUACACAUUCUUGCCAGCACUGUCUGCCCUCUAACUUAGCUGUCCUAGUGAGGAAGAAGUGUGUCUCAUUUGGCCUUUAGUUGCCAUCCCUGACGGCUAAAAUGGAGCAUCUUUCUUGUGUUUGCUGUGUAUCUACCUAAGAGACGUAAGCCUUCGCCCAUUGGGUUGUCUGUCUUUUCAUUAUGAAGUUUUACGAAUUUGUUAUGCAUUCUAGAUAAGUUUCUCUGUCAAAUAAAUUACUUAGAAAACUUUCCUCCUA